AUGGAUAAUCAAAGAUCGAUGGCCGCUCUGUUGCAGGAAUGCAAACAGAUGCUGGAUCAGAUCUCACCAGAGGUGCAGAACCAGUCUAAGAGAGACGAAAGCAGGCAUCAGCAGUACAGAGGUGAGAUCCCAGUGACAAGUACUGGGUGCAAAACAGCCGACUGCCCUAAACUUCCACCCCAUCCCCGGCCUGCCCUAUUCCGCCCCCCCCUCUCCUAGCAGAUAAGUGUCAAAAGAUUACUGGAUUUCUAGGACAUGAAUGGGAUGUGAGCUAGGAGGCAGGCAGGGAAGGAAGCCCACUUUGUACCAGUGAAUUGCUGUCAGUUCUCAUUUAAAGCUUCAGUAAACAUGAGGCUAUAAGGAGCGGUUUUCGUUUAAGAAAAACAAUGCUUCCAAAGUUUGGCGAUGCACAUAAAUUUCAAUUAUAAAAAAGGGGGAGGGGAAAUAAUGCAACUUCUGAAUGGCGGCUGUUUGCUGUCCUUUCACUGAGAGUAUAUCCCCUUCAUUAAAGCAUUUGACCGUUUCCCCUAAUGCAACUCCCUACAUUUGAAUUCCCAGAUUUUUCUCUCUAAAUAAAAGUUCAUCAUCUACAAAAGUGUUUUGAAAAUAAAAAUGGUUCAGGGUGUUAAGAGGAACAUUUGCAGGCAACGGAUACUUUGAAGAGCGGUACGUAAAUAUCAGUGACACAUUGAAAGAGUUUUUGUUUUAUUGAAUAUGAUAUGAAAAAGAAACCAUUUAUUGAAGAAACCAUUUAUUGAAAUAGGAAGAUGAUCUAUUAGGUCAUCUGAUGAAGCAAACUCUUGCCUGUGCAUAGUCGUUCCAUGAUCCAUUUGUUAGUCUAUUAUUAUUAUUAUUAUUAUUAUUAUUAUUAUUAUGCCCAUUUGACUAGGUUGCCCCAGUUACACUAGGUGGCUUCCAACAAAUUGAAAACAUUAAGCACAGUAAGACAUCAAACAUUAAAAACUUCCUUAUACAAGGCUGCCUUCAGAUGUCUUCUAAAGGUUAUAUAAGUUGCUCAUCUCUUUGACAUCUGAUAGGAGGGCGUUCCACAGGGAGAGUGCCACUGCUGAGAAGGCCCCCUGCCCGGUUCCCUGUAACCUCACUUCGUGCAGUGAAGGAACCCCAGAAGGCCCUCAGUGCUGGGCUUCAGUGUCCAGGCUGAACAGUGGGGAUGGAGAUGCUCCUUUAGGUGCCACAAGACUUGUUAUUGUGUCCAGAAGCCUCUUUAUGGGGUUUUUUCUGCAGCAGAUUACCAUGGCUAGCUCUUCCAAAAUUAAUUACUUCGGAUAAAGCUACCACAAGAUGUGCCUUUAUUCUGAAAUAACACCCAUUCUGUUCAAUGGGGCUUGCUCUCUAGGAAGUCUGCUUAGAAAUACUAAAUAGUUGCAGUACUUUUGCAAAAAGCUUUGCCAGUUCAGAGCCUAAUCUUGUACUUCUAUAAAUUCUGACUUUGUACGUUACCCAACAAUUAAGUUGUCACUGUUGCAAUCCUUCUGACCAUACUUCCUCCUUCCAUCCCUUUACUGCCAUAGUAGGGUCUUGGGUGCUUCCACACAGUUACUUAGUGUGGACUCGGUGCUGCUCUGGCAAACACAUUUUGCAGCAUUCAAAUAACCUAGUCCUCAUCAAAAUGGCAGCCCAUUUGCCUACAGCCUUCGUUUAAUCUGGAUCUAUAAUUUCUGCAGAAGCUUUGGGGUUUUUUUUUUAAAUUUAUAUUAUUUUUCCUGGAAACAGUCCAUCUGAACUAAAUGGAGGGGGGAAUAUGGGAUGGCAUUUUGAUAAGGACAGCAUGGUGGGGACAUUGAGCAAAACUGACUUGCACAAGCAGCACCGAGCGCAGAAUAAACUGCUGCGUAUUAAGCAGACUAUCUUUUAAAUUGAUAAAUCUGAAUUUUGUUUGCUUGUUUGUUAACACACACACAGGAUUUUCCUUUUUGACAGACAAAUCAUGUGACUCUCCACCUAGUUCUGCUGUUUCAAUAGUGCCAGCUACUUUGCCCGAGUGAAUCAAUCAUGAUGACAUUUGGGGAAAUUUAAAUCCACCUCAUGCAGGGCCUGUUCUGUUUGUGUACAGUUUUCUGCUUCCUUUGGCUGUGAUGAUAGUUGUCUGUAGCUCUUUGGCAUUUGGGAAUAUAGGCUAUGUGUAAAGGGCUGGUGUAUUUUUUUUCUUGUAAGGUUUCCUUUCAUUUCAUCCCACAAAAGGCACUUUUGUUUCCUUGUCACAAAUUCCUUUCAGCUUUAUUAUCACUCUUUAGAAUGGGCUAUUGAACUUCUAAUCAGGUAGUUCUUUCUUCUUCGGUUUCCCUUAUUAAAUGCUGGAGAGUAUGAUAAAUAAUCAGCUUAGUUACAGAUAAGGUACAUCAGUGCCCUUUUAAUCACUACAUUAGACAUGGCCCUUCAGGUAAACUAGUUCAAGCAGCAAAGGAACCAAGGCUCAGAGAUUCCUUAGGACCUACUUCCCUUAGAUUUUCGUUUUCGCAUUAGCUAUCUGCUUUGAGUCCGAGAGGCAAUAAUAUGAAUAAUGUCACAAUGUGUGUAUGAUUGUUCCAUUGGAUUAUAUCCCUGCAGGUUAGUUAAAUGCUCCAAUUGCAGAUGUCUUCUUCCCUAACAGGUGUUUUUUUAAAAAAAAAAAAUCCUGCCAUGAUCACAUAUUGCUUAUAAGAAGUGUGGUAUCAAUUAUGGCAGCAGUUUGAACUAAUUAUCUGAGCUGAAAGCCUGAAGCUUGUUAUCAUCAUCAUUAUUAUUUAUUAAAUGCCUAUACUGCCCUUCACCUGAAGAUCACAGAGCGGUUUACAAUAAAAAUACAAAAAUACCCAACAUAGUAAUAAACACAAACAAUGAUGUCAUUUCAUUUAUUAGUAUUACUACUGCUUCCAUGGAUGCUACUUCUUUCUAUCCAGGAUGGAGAUGAAUAGUGGAAAUGGGGGCAGGGAUUUAGAAACGAACUCAUCCAGCUUGCUUUGGCCUUGGCUCUUCAUGUCUCAGGGAUUUCCAGACAGGCUGACUUUGCACCAACCCUUCCAUCUGCUAAAUCUCAUUCACCAUCCUUUUCCUUGUUGUUGUUUAGUCGUUUAAUCGUGUCCGACUCUUUGUGACCCCAUGGGCCAGAGCACGCCAGGCACUCCUGUCUUCCACUGCCUCCUGCAGCUUAGUCAAACUCAUGUUCGUAGCUUCGAGAACACUGUCCAGCCAUCUCGUCCUCUGUCAUCCCCUUCUCCUUGUAUCCCUUUCCUAAGUUUCUGCAAAAGACAAAUUCUGGGGAAGAGUGCUGUUUCUUAAACUUCUCCUAACUCAUUGAUUGGGAAUAUUAAGAAACUACAGUCCUCAGACCUAAGCCAAAGGCUUUCUUCAAAGACCCUUCAUUCUGGGCUGGACUAAAAUUCCAUUCAGUAUUCUGUUUCCAGCCAGAUAACUUAGCAAGUCAGACGUGACAGCAAUGGCUUUCCCCUGUUACAUGUCUCCAGCAUCUGGUAUUUAAAGGUAUAUUGCCUCUGGACUCAGAAGACUGAGUUAGCUAUCAAGUUGCACAUUAAGGGCUCCAAACUCUCAUUUUCGCACUGUGGAGGAAUCUAUUUCCUCUGCUCCUUUCUGUCUCCUUUUCUUCAUUCACACCUACAAAGCAACAACAGUCUUUCACUUCCUUGAUAAAAUCCCUUCUCUUAAUGACAGACAGCUCCAGUUUACCUGCAGGGCAGAGCACGGGAGGUCACCUGAUGACAGGCAACCUCUCAUUAUUACUCUGCGGCUGGGAGAAGUGACAGCUUGCAGCCGCGGAGAGGCAAAAAACGGUGGAGGGAAUGCUUUCAGCAGGUCAGGUACCACCUCCUAACCUUCGCGGCUGAAUCACUUACCUGCACUUUGACCUUUUCAGCUUUGCUCCCUGAUGAUCUGAGGACCCUCAUCGAAGAGGCAAAGGAAAUGAAGUGGCCCUUCGUGCCAGAAAAGUGGCAAUACAAACAAGCCGUAGACCUGGAAGACAAAACAAACCUGAAAGAUGUGAUCAAUGCAAGGCUGCAUGAGUUACUGGUAUGAAGUAUAUGACACCUGCCUUUGACACCUGCAUUCACAGCACUUAGAUAUACAGUGGCCUAACAAAUGGUAGCCUUCCUUUUAUAUAGAUGACCCCCAUCCUUCACUGCUUUUUCUGCUAGGUGACAGUUGUCAUCCUGAUUCCAUUUAAUUCAGUGGCCGCGUUCUUACUCUUAUCAGUUGUGUUGGGGUUAAUGCCUUGAUUUUGUUUACAUAUUACAAGAUAUGCACCCUGGACCAGAAGGCAGUGUAUUCUCUGAUGUAGACAUGGAGAUCCUGCACAAGGGGGCUUCCCCCAGUGACUGAAGAAGCCCACUCAUUCAGGAGCUUCAUGUGUUCUUUGGAACAACUACAAAUGUGUGCAAUUACAGAUUUUAGACCAAUGGUCUAAAAGGUCCAAGUCCAGCACUAUAUCUGCAAGAGUUGCAGCUAAAUGCCCCUUUGAAGGUCACUUGUCAGGCGUGAUACAGACAAGUUUUGCUUGUUGUUACAUAUGUCAUCUGAGGUGUAAGCCCUGAAGGUGGUGGGUCCAAUUUUAGUUACCUCAGCAAAUAGCAAGUGGAUAGAUAUAUAUCCUCCAAGAAUUUGACUGUACCACUUUCAGAGCCAUCUGCGUUGGGUUUUUGGCAACAUCUUGAGGCAGUGAUUUUCACUGUAAAUUAUGGGCUGAGUAAAAUUGUAUUUAAUUUUGUUUAUCCUGAAUCAAAUGUAUUGGACUACCCUAUGAUUCCAGUGUUUUGAGGAACAGAGAGUAACUUCUCCCUAUUUAUUCUGUCCUCUCCCCGCCCCCCAUUCCUGACUGCAUACACGUUUCUUACAUACAUUGGAGCAUAAGGAAAGUCUCUUGGAUCAGGGCAGUGGUCCAUUUGGUCCAGCAUCCUCUUCUCACAGCGGCCAACCAGAUGCAGGACUUGAGCAUAAGAACACCUGUGGUUUCCAGCAACUGGCAUUCAGCAGCAUUACCGCCAUCCAUGUGGGGAGUAUAUAUGCAUCAGGGUUAACAGCCAGUGAUAACCUUACCUGCCAUGAAUUUGUCUAAUCCUCUAUUAAAGCCAUCCAAGUUGGGGGCCAUCACUGCCGCUAAUGGGAAUAAAAUCCAUAGUUUAUUCUGUCUUCCCUGAAUCUUCCAACAUUAAGCUUCAUUGUAUUGCCCCGAGUUCUGGUACAAUGAGAGAGGGAGAAAAACUUUCCUCUUCUUCACACAACACAUAGCUAAACUAUGGAACUCACUCCGCCUGGCUUUCAAUUUGAACUUAGCCUGGUCUUUUAUUCCCCUUCCUUCCCUCCCCCUCCCAUUUUUAUGAAGAUUACCCGCUCUGAGGUCCCACAGCUAAUUCUCCCCUGGUCUCCUCGCUGGCCCAAAUAGGACUAAUUUAACCAGCUAACCCUGGUGGUCAUCUAAUGUUUAUUGGAUGGAUUUUCCCCCUAAAUUGAUUUUUGAAUUCUGAAUUUAUUGUUAUUCAUGUUUUAUACUGUAUUUUAUGCUGUUUUUUUGUUGCAUCAAUUAAGUGUUUUAAAUUUCUUGUUAGCCGCCCUGAGCCCGAUUUUCUGAACCGGGAAGGGCGGGGUAGAAAUAAAAAUUUAUUUAUUAUUAUUUAUUAUAGGAGGCAGUGACAUCCACCAGCAUAAAUGGCUUUAAAAGAGGAUUAGACAAAUUCAUGGAGGGGAGGGCUGGCAACGGCUACGCUCUACCUCCACAGUUGGAGGCAGCUAUGCUUCCGAAUACCAGUUGCAGGAAAGCGCAAGAAGAGAGAGUGCUCUUGUGCUCGAAUCCUGCUUAUGGGUUUCCCACAGGCAUCUGGUUGGCCUCUGUGAGAACAGGAUGCUAGACUAGGUGAGCUAUUGGCCUGAUCCAGCAAGCUAUUCCUAAACCUGCGUAGGCCAGAGCUCCAAGUGUGAGAGCCAGUGUGGUGUAGUGGUUAAGAGCAGUAGUCUCGUAAUCUGGUGAACCGGGUUCGCUUCCCUGCUCCUCCACAUGCAGCUGCAGGCUGACCCUGGGCCAGUCACACUUCUCUGAAGUCUCUCAGCCCCACUCACCUCACAGAGUGUUUGUUGUGGGGGAGGAAGGGAAAGGAGAAUGUUAGCCCCUUUGAGACUCCUUCGGGUAGUGAUAAAGUGGGAUAUCAAAUCCAAACUCUUCUUCUUCUCCAACAACCACUGGGAAUUUGCUGCAGCACAAUUGCUAUGUUUGCAGAGAGGGUUAAGUGAGGGAGGGACCUGUUGGUUGCGACCAGGUGCUAUUUGUAUCUGGGUGUAAGAUAGGAUAGGGAGUUGCCUCCUUAAAUCACUGUUUCUCUCUCCUUCUGUAAGUGAAUGUUUUAAGUUGCGUGGAGCACCUUACAUGCCCCUUGGUAAAAGUGGGAGGGUUUUGUUGUCGCCCUUGCUUUACAAAUCCCUAGUGCUAAGUGGAGUUUUAUUGUGAUUCUGAGUUUGUUUUGCUGUGUUUUCUUCCUCCCUGUCCCCUCCUUUCCCUUUCCCUUUUUGGUGUGUGGCCUCAGAUGGAAAUUUAUGGCGGUGACUGACCCGCUUUUACAAUGCUCACAAAGCCCUCGGACUCAAGAGCAUUUGUCUGCUCUCUCCCAGGAUAAACACCUGCAGCCAACUCCCUGAGAAACCUGGAUAGAUGGGAGAUUAAUGUGACUGUAAUAGUGGAACAGGGUUUGCCCACAUUAUCCCCUCACCCCAGGUAGAUGGGCCUUUUCUGAGAUGAUACCAAUUAUUUAUUGCCGAAACAUCUGUUGAUAACUGCAGCUGCCCCAGCGAAACAAAGCAUAUCAUGGGGUCACACACUAUAGGGCCCUACAAUCCUGCCUCAUGCUCUUUGGAGACUAUUCACCAACACACCCCAAAGUACAUGGGUUACCGUCGUCUUCAAUGUUUCAUCGUGCCGUAAAAAAUACUUUCUAAACGCUGAGCUCGCUUCCCCAUGUGCUUUGAACUAUUAUUUCAUUUUCACUGGUAAUUUAUAUUCUAGCACUAUUGUACUGUGGGAGAAAAGGGAUACUAUUUUACUCCCCAAUUUAAUUGUAGAAUGACUGACACUUUGACCCAUAUUAUUAGUAUUAGUCAAGAAAGGUUCUUUCCCCCACCCCCUUUCCAUUGUUCUCUUUCCCAUUUAUUUAUUCCAAACGAAAUUUAAAAAAUUCAAGACACAGAAAAAGUUUCUUUAGAACUUUGAUUAAGAUGUUGAGCGAGGCUGGGGAGGGGGGAAGUAUUAAAUUUGCAGUUUGAUUGCGAAGAAUAAAGUUCUGAGCUUCCUCUUUUGAUAUGAUUUGCAGGAGGGAAUUAAUUUAAAUCCCUCCGAAAGAGAAAUCAGCCUUUGUUGAUAUUGUUUGGCGAAAACUUUGACACGUUUCAUCUGAGUUUAUUCUAAAGUGGCGAGUUUAGAAUAAGCUCUCCACUGGAAUGAACCAGUGUUUGUAAAGUGAUUUGGGAUCCUUGAAUGAAGUGUUUAUUAUUCUGGAAGGUCAGAUUUUGGGGACCAUAUUCACAGUGUGCAGUAUCUUACUUCUCGAGUAGCUCCACUGAUCUCAAAGUGUCUCUAUGAGAGCACUUGGGUCUCCAGUCUGAAAGUUUGACUUAGCCUUGCAUUGUUAGUAGCGAUGCUUUGUUUGCAGACCAUUGCUCUGUUGAGUAUGCAAAACAACCAUUGCUGCUUACAUCAGCCUUUUAAACAGUUCAGCUUUGCAUGGGCUGCAGAAUCCUAUUGUACAAAACAACCAGAAGAGAGGAAUGCUCAUAAAAGACAUGGGGGCAAUGGGGGUGGGUGGAGAGGGGCAUGGAGGAAAUCCCAUAUCUGCUAAAUUUAAUGAGAAACUCAGGGUGGUAGUCAACUGUUUUACUCAGAGUACACCCAUUGAAUUGGCCCAACUUAAGCAAAGUCAUUAAUUUCAAUGGGAUUUCUCUGAGCAGCUUAGUUGACAACCACCUUCAGUAAUUAACACAUCAAUGUAAAACGUGCAUCUUAAAAUGUUUUCCCUCUUGAUAGUGAUCUUCAUUGUGGAAUUCCAGAAUAGGAGUUUGAUAGAAGAAAGAUCUUGACUGUUAAUGUUAUUUCUGUGGGACUAUACGAAAGCAAUUCUGGUGAUUUGUCACCUGUCUAUUCAAAGGACUAUCUUAGGGUUCUUUCAGAUGUUACAUUUUUGGGGGUAUAAAUUUAUGUGGGUUUUUGAGUUUUUGAUCUUAUUUUUUGCUUUUGUCCUGCUGUUUCAUUUCUUAGGUCUAGAUUAAAAAUAGUGCAAAGAAUUAAAAACUGUGACAAAACUGAAAGCAGCAACAGAUUUUGUGUGUGUGUGUGUUGUAAAAAAACGCAUUCUAGGGCAGCAGAUAUCACACAGAGGUGAUUUGCCAAAGUCUUGCUAAGCCAAAACUGUUGUUUCAUAAAAAUUAUACACCGCUUGAUAAUUUUUUUAAAAAAAAUCUCUCCAAGUGGUUUGCAUUUUUAAAAAAAAUAAAAUAAGAAAAAUUAGCAGUAAUAAAACUUUCAAAAAGUUAAAAUAACAAUAGAAUAAAAACAAAUUGAAACUUUUCAUGUGAGGUGGGAAAACUAAAUCUGCAUAGGAUGGGAUUUGCUAAGGCUGGAUGUAGGGAUUGAUGCCAACUUGGGUGGCUUUAAAAAGAGGAUUUGAUGAUUGAUUGAUUGAUUGAUUGAUCUGAUUGAUUUGAUAUGAUUUGUAUGCUGCCCUUCACCCAAAGAUCACAGGGCAGGCCUGAACGUAAAAAUACAAAACAUGAACAUAAAAUACAUAAAAAAACAAGUGCAAGAACAAAAACAAACCAAUAACUCCCUUCCAAUAAUCACAUGGAAGAUAAGGCUACCAAUGACUACUAGACAUGAUGACUAAAUGUUACCCCAGUAUCAGAAGCAACAUGCCUCUGAAUACCAGUUGCUGGGGAACAGCAGUAGAAGAUUGCUGCUUUUUCCACUUGUGGGUUUCCAAAAAGUACCUGGUCCUUGUUCUGUCCCCAUUUUUUUAAAUCAGGGGAUAUGCAGUUAACCCUCCCAUUGCAAAUCAUCUCAGCUCUUCUUCCAACAAACAGUGGACGUUUAAAAACAAAAACCCAGGUCUCUUUCUCCUUCCUGGCUGAGCCAAGGAAAAUGAGGGUCGAAAACACUUCAGCUUCCACUGGGAUUCCAAACAGGACAUUUCCAGCUAUUUCCCAGCACGAGCUGUGCUCAAAGUAAGCAUAAGAAAACUGGGAGACAGAAUGUGCAAGCGGGAAAGCAGCAGAGGUGAUAAAUAAUUAUAUGUUGAUUUGAAAUGAACAGCUGGAGAUAUCUCAUCUGCUUUUAAUAAAUGUGCUCUUGCCCGUACGAGUGUCUGUUAUGGUUUUCCCUAGGUGCCUGACCUCAUACAUCUGCAGACUGUAAAAAAACAUUCUGACUCCAGCCCAUGUGAGGAUCUGGUUUUUGAACAAAUGGUUGGCACUGCCCUCGGUGCUCAUUGGAGCACAAGAUUCUGCCUUAUGCCAGGUCUGACUAUUGGUCCAUCUACCUCUGUAUAGUCUACACUGAUUGGCAGCAGUUCUUCAGAGAGUUGAUCUUUCCAGCCCUACCUGGAGAUGCCAGGGAUUGAACUUGGGACCUUCUGCAUGCAGAGCUCUGCUGCUAGGCUUUUUCCCUUCCCCUCAUCACCUAUUUCCACACACGCACACGCACACACACACACACACCGCUAUGGAGGACUCUGGCUGUUGACACUGUCAGUGUCGACGAUCUGUUUCGCAAGUGUGUGUGUGUGGUGUCUCUGGUGAUGUGAGGUGAGAAUAUUCUCUGCUAGAAAAUUAUCCAGAGAAUAUUCUCCACAAACUGUAAAUUUUAACCUAAGAACCAGUUUUACAACCCACAUUUUAAAAAUAUAGCAAAUAAUAAGUUAAGCUGUGAUAUUGCCAGUGUAAGUAAUAAAUAAUGGUUUGUUUUUUUAAUCCAGUUACAUUACUGGGCAUUGUGUCAUUCACCAUUGGCAGUUCUGAAAUGUGAGCUACAGAAAACACACACACACAUAUAUGCUAUUCAUUUAAUUUGAUGAACAUUUGAAUUCGUAUGUAUUUCAACAAUAUGUAAUAGCCUUUUUUUCUAUUUUGGUGUGACCUUAUUCAUAGCAAUUCUAUACUCUUGGCCAUAUAGUGUGAUAUAUUUUUUUACAGAAAGUACCGGUAGCUUCAAUGCUUUAUACACUUAAAGUACCAGGCCUAUACAAUUAUGUGUAACAGCAUGUGAGGUGGCCUUGAUUUAAACAGUUGAGCAGUUGACGUUUCUAUAUUUUUAUUUAGUGCCAGUAACUGGUUUUGGCAGUGCCAUUCAAUGGUACAACAUGCCAUUUAUCAGAGAUUGACAUACUGAAAUAUAUUACCAUUAGAGCUAUUAGAAGCACAAGAUAGCCUAAUACUGAAUUUACUUGUAUCAAAGAAUGUGAAUUCACUGCAUUGCCCCAUUGAAUAACUGUACAGUUUUUGGUUGCUAUCUGAACAAGUUUAUCCAUGAAUAAACAUGUAUAUUAACUAAUUAUAUCAUUUUCAAUGCAUUAAAAUGAAUAUUCUCCUAUUUUAAAUGAAAAUUCUCUAAUAUUUCAUUAACUGAGAAUAUUUUCGAGAAAAUUCUCCAAGAGAUUAUUCUCGAGAAUUCAAUAUCACUAGGUGUCUCAACCCAAUAAGCAACCUUGUAAGUUACUGCAUGUAGUAGCACUCUUUUGCUUGAGCAGAUCAUAUCCUGCAAAGUGAUCUACUGUGGUGUAUCUUUGUGACCCCCAGGGCAUCUUGAUAUUAAAGCCUGAGAUUCCCCCCCCCCCAUAACUGUCUAUUUGCUCAAGUCAUAUUCAAUGAGCAUGAUUUGAGCAUGAUUUUAAUUUGUUUCUUAGCCCUGUGAUAUGUCAUGGAUGUUUCAGUUGAGAUUCCUGCACCGGAAUUGGACUAGAUUUGACUAGAUGACUCUUGGGGUCCCUUCCAACUCUACAAUUCUAUCAUUCUGUGAUAGUAGUGAUAGCUGUACUGUAUCUUUAAAUAUAACCUUAAGGGCCCUAAACUGGACCCUUUCUUCUGCCUGUUUGCAUACGGAAGAUACAGUCACCCAUCUUUCUGGCAACUAAUUUCCCAGGGAGGUGUCUGCUGCUUUCGUGUUGUGGGUUUUUAAAAACCCUCUUUUUCCAACCACCUUUUUUAAUAUGGCUGUUUUGAGAGAAUUGUGUUAGAAAGCAUAGCUUUGCUGGCUGUUAACCGGUAAUGCUAACAAUUCUUCAUUGUUUAUUUUAAUUGGUUUAAACGCUUUUAAAGUGAUGGUUAGCUCAAGCAGCCUCAAGUUGCCUAUACCUGAAAUGGUUCAAAUUUGUGCACAGUGAAAACUUAAUAGAUGACCAUGGCCAAUUAAUAAUUUUUUUCCAGCCUAGCCUACCCUAUAAAGUUGCUGUGAUGAUAAAAGGGGAUGCACGCGCACCACCCUGAGCUCUGAAGGAAGAGCAGGAUAAAAACAUAAUACUGGCAUACCCUGCCAAUUCUAUAAUGCAGUGCUUCUCGUUAUUCUCCUAGUUUUCACAAACUAUGAAGCAAGCAAGGCACACUUAUCUCUAGACUACGUGCUCAGUGGGGGCUUGUAUUUCUUGCAUUACAUUCUCUCUUUUCCUGUGUAGGUGGACUUAAAAAUAUUUCAGCGGUUCCUACCCCAUUUGCUGCAUCCAUUUAAUACAUCCGAAGUGCUCUGUACCUGGAUGAGUUAGCAAUGCCAUUCAUUCCUAGUCUUAGCAAACCAACAGACCUCUAGGCUCAAUUAUUGAUGAUUUAAUUCUUGCUCAUUGAAAAUUCCUCCACCCUCAUCUGCUUCUAUCUUCCUAAUUUAUUCUGCACAAGCAAUUUCGUAUAUUCACAUUUUGUCCUGUACCUCAGUGCCAGAUGGCUCUGGGAGAGAGUGUUUUCUCCCUUCCUGGGAGCAGCUGCAGUUGUCGGCAAAAACAAGGUAUCCUGGCAUUGAACCUAAGGCUGAGACCCAAACAUUAAGGUGUUUUGCUGGGAGGAACCAGGCCACUAAUGCGAGAAACCAUGAAAACAGCACACCCGUCCACUCAGGGCAUUUUCGCAAAGGCCCUUCAGUAAAGGCUGUUUUGCAUUUCCACCCUGAACCCCUAUAAUUGGUGUAUAGAAAUCUUCUGCAAAUCUAAUUCCAUCUCCACCUGACUCAGCUUCCCAGCCAUGAAGUUCCUUUUGUGCCCCUAAACUCAAUUACACAUCCUAGGUUGACAUUGUAGAAACAGAUGUUCAGGCAAAGUGCACUUUUAUUUCUCUCUCUUGGCAUGGAUACAGAAAUCCCUUAAUCACAAUUUCCAAAUCAGAACCCUUUUCUUUCUUUUAUAUUUUGGUUAUAUCUCUGUAUCACCAUAAUUUUUUUUUGUUUUGCCAAUGAAGUGUCUUCCUCCUGGGGUUGUAGGCUUGAUGGGUUGUUGCUGUUUAAAAAAAUAAAAUUAUGUUCAGGAGCUGCAGAUGCAACAGUGCACAUCUGAUCAAAAGUUUUUAUGUAAGGUGCAGAAAGACAGGAUGAUAUUUCAGUGGGAUUGCAAACAAACUGAGGUUGGGCAAGGUCAGAAAUAGACUUUUUCCUGUCCCUCAGAAACAUAAAUUAGCAAAAGAAUUGUGAGCUUCUGUGGUAUAUGGUUAGAUACACAUUAUAUCAAAUCUAAAGUAAAGCAACUGUAAUAGGUGAGAUGGACCUGUGGCCAAGGUGAUGUCUGUUAUCUAGACAGGCAAUGGAUAUUGCAGAUGUUAACCUGUGAUGGGAGAAAUCUGGAAGUGAAUCAGUCAGUGCAUUAUGAAUUGUGUGAGCCAUUAGUGGCAAUUCAAAAUUACGCAGAAACUUCCGCUGUGUCUCAUCUGCCACUUGGAGGUAAUUUUAUACAUUCUUCAUUUUGAUAUAAGACAGCAAGAGUUACGAGAUCAUCUUUUCUCAAAUUAAAUAAGCGCUCUUUCCUCAGUAUAGCUUUGCAUGUGCACCUCAGGCAUGGCAGCCAUUCUGUCUUGUUUGACUCACAUAUGGAGAGUCUGACGAACCAGGAUAACACACUUUCAGUCUCAUCAUGCUUCUAUAGGACACUGCCAGAAAAAGAGAAGAGGAAAGCUUUUCAUAGUUCUGCUGAAGGGAGGUGAUUCUGGCAGCAUGCUUCUGAUAUGCAAUCCCUCUCAGAAAUGUUGGCAUCUUAACAAACACUUCAAACACGUUUUGCAGGGUCUUAGACCGGUGAAACUGAUUGACCAGAGACUAUAAUAGGACAGAAGACAUAAAUGUCUGGAUCCGUAGGCAGUAACAGCUCUCCCAUUCUGCUUCAGAUUUCUGAAAAAUUGCUAUCUGUACCAGUAGUGGAUGGCAUGAUGGGACGCCACUACACAUCUGACCUCCAGUUGGUUGCUUCACUGCUGCUUACUGGGAGGGGCAAGGUGGACGCAGUGCAAACACACUGGCAAAGCCUCUCCAGUGCUCCUGACAGUGUGUUUGCACCAUACCAACCACACCACUGUCUUUCCUCUUUCCCCACUUCCCUUCUAGUAAGCAGCAACAAACCAGAGGUAAGGUGUGCAUGACAUCCUACCACACUGUCUGAUCCUGCUCUGUAUCCAUCAUAUGUGUAUAUUAGGAGGGGAAUGUCUGUUGCCUCUUCUAGGCUUUAUGUGUGAAGUCUGUCUUUUUACCCUGGAAUUGCUGUCACAGAACUUGACCUACUUUCAUUUUAUGCUUUUAUGGGAAGGAGGUUUUGGUCUACAUUUUCCAUUAACAUGGCAGCAUUUUUGUGGACUAGGAACUGUUGUGUGACUUGGGAGCCAAGGAAAAAGUCAGGUAUGAUUUCUCAGAGGGGACGAGAACAGGGUUAUAACUUCAAACAAUUGACACCGAGCAAAAUGUAUUGGUGUGUUAACACAGCACGCCAUCUUCGGGGAAAGAAAAAGCAGCUGAUAUUCUCACCCUGUCUUGACUUUUCCUCAUUUUGUGUCCAUUUGGUUUUGGAGAGCGACGCAAGAGGUUUCGGCAUUGAGCAGAGAGUUAAAUUAUGCAGCUGCCCGGCCCUCCAGAAUAGGAUACUUGGUUUAGAUUUUUCACAAUGCUAUUGAAGUGCUUAUUUUCCUCCUGAAGAGACACAAACAGAUGCAAACUUCUGUAAACACUUUAGAAAUGAAUUCAGUGAGUUUGGCCUCUCAGCGGUGCUCAAUAGCUGACAGAAAAAUGUCUAAUUAGUGCAAGUGGAAAUAAUAGGGCCACUUGGAUUCCUUCCAUCCUCCUCCAAGUCUACUUUUCCGAGGAACUCAAAGGCUCUUUUGUUUGGUAGGUCACCCUCUCUCAUGCUUUUGUGUUCCAAUCUCUUAAGGGAAGGAGGAGAAGAAGCAGAAAGAAAAAAAUGCAUUAGGCAAUGGCUCAGUGCUUAAAUAUACGGUAGACUCCGGAGCAUUGAGAAAAAUGUGUCGCUGGCAGUGUUCGUUUUCAGGUGCUUAAAGACAGGGAUCCCUCCAUUGUCAAGAGGCACAUGCACACAAAGAAAUGGGAAUCCCUUUCAAGUGUCAUUCUUUGCAAAAGCAUUCCCCCUUGCAAAUAAAUAAAUAUAUUUCCACCAGUUUUUGAAGCAUAAGUCAGCCCGUGAAUACUUUUUUCACAACUGGUCUUGUGAGGUAAACAAAUAUCAGGCAUUCCUGUUCAAGUUGUUCACACUAUGGCUAUUUCAGUUUCUUCAAGUUGCAUAGUCCAUGAUUUGAAUCAAGCCACAGGGUGUAAAUCUUUUUCACUGACAGGCUAACAUCACCGACCUAUCCCUAAUCUUGGAGCUGAUUGUCACCACAAAUGUUUUCACACAUUUCUUGAGUCAUUCAUGAGAGUCUCUCUUCUGGGGGGCAGGAGGGAAUGUGAGCUGUUGCUCUGCCACGUGAUUUGGAUGGAGAGGGUGCUACAUUCAGUCCCUGAAAUCUUCAGUUUAAAGGUUAUCCGGUAGCAAAACGUCAUGCUGGGCGAACCAAGUCAUUGUCAGCACACUAGUGGGCAAGAUGGUCUAUCUAUCCGACAAGAUAAAGGCAGCUUAUACCAUUAUCAAGUUUUACCUGACUCUUCCUGUACCUUCCAAAUAGUACUAUAGUCCUUAGCCAAAACCACGCUCAUACACAGGAACCCGGCAUGUUAAGCAAUCAUUCAGAUAUCUGUGUGGCUUGUAUAUGAUCUCCUACCUGCUUAUCCAAAGUAGAGAUCAAGAAAUUAGUUGCCAGAAGUUGAUUUUUACAUCUGAUUACUUCAUCACAUGGCUGGAGCUACCUCCAAAUUCUUUGAACGAUGUCUCCCAGUGUGUGAUGCUGGUUUCCCCAGGGACUUUACAGAAAGUUGCCAGUGGAGGCAACUAUUUCAUGUUACGUUGUUUUUACAAAUGCACAACCCAUUUGUAAAAAUGAUAGGUUAGUGGUAGACAUUACUGGCCAAAAUAGGUGUUGCUUGGGUCUCAAAGCCAGAAAUUGGGAAUUGAAUACUUUAGAUUCUCCCAGUUUUUUUAUACAAGAAUUCAGUAUUUAAUCCUGCAACGUCUUUAGAAGUGCUGCCUAGCUUUCAGCACUGUUGGUUGAAAGUUCCCAAUGGACAGCUCCUUGCUCUGCCUGGUUAUGCCAGAUCAUUGCUGGUCUGAAGACUGAUUCACACUUUACAUGGCAAGAGUGAAUACUGCCAUGGAUACCGUAUUUUUUGCUCUAUAUGACUCACUUUUUCCCUCCUAAAAAGUAAGGAGAAAUGUGUGCAUGUCUUAUGGAGCGAAUGCAGGCUGCGCAGCUAUCCCAGAAGCCAGAACAGCAAGAGGGAUUGCUGCUUUCACCUCUUGCUGUUCUGGCUUCUGAGAUUCAGAAUAUUUUUUUUCUUGUUUUCCUCCUCCAAAAACUAGGUGUGUCUUGUGGUCUGGUGCAUCUUAUAGAGCGAAAAAUACGGUAGUUAGAGGACAAAUGGGCAGGAGCAUCUGAUAGGGCAGCACAGCACGGCUUACCUGUCUUGUUUGCAGUAGUCAUCAACAUUGCUUACCUGGCUUCCCAAUGCUGCAUGUCACUGCCAGUUACCAAGAUGGGGAGCAGAAAGGCAGCGAAGAAAAUGUCAAAUUGGCUCCAUCAUUGCACCCAUACUGUGUUGAGCCUUGUCCUUCACCAUCUCCCUCUCGGUAACUGACAGUGACACUUGACAGUGUCAAGAAGCCAGGGGAACAACACCGGUUGCUACUGUAAACAGGUGAGGAAGUUGUCUCUCCCAAGCAAGAACAGGCACAGGAAGAUACUGAUUCCACACAGAUAACAACUAAGUCCAGUGCUACCUAGUGACUAAACUGUAUUAUGACACUAUCCACAUGGAUGCAUAAUUGCAAAUGAAACAGGAUACAGGGAUAUUGUGUAUUUAUGGUUGCUGCAUGGACACAUGUAAAUUUGGCUUUAUACAUGGAAGCAAAUGGGGGGAAAUGUGAGUUUUCUGUCUUAAGUGAGAUGAAGAUACUAUUUCUUUAGUAGUAGUAGUAGUAGUAGCAGCAGCAGCAGUAGUAGUAGUGUGUUUUAAUUUACUAGCCCCUGUGCAUGGAAGAUCCUAUCUUCACUGAGGGAGCUUGUCAUAGGGAAAACCCCCAGAACAGUUUGGCAGAACACAGAGGAGGAGAAAGGGAACUUCAGUUGUGCAAGCAUUAUUCCUUGUGCUGAUAAAGUACAUUCCUUACUGUUACGCUGGCUUCCAGGCAGGCUUAAGUUAUAGCUGUAUCACUUUCUUUUUCCCCAUUAAGCAGCAAAGGCACUAGAGAAUUUGAGUCAGGUAACUGACUUUUCUCAAUGAGUCACUAAGUCACUAAGAAACAAAUGCCUUCUCCAGCAGUGGACAGUAGGAGUAUACACAGAAAAUAAAUAUUUGGAUAGAGGGUCUGGCUUCAUGUGUCUAUCAGAGUGACCUCGGAGCUCCAUGUCAAGGUAAUAUUCUCAUACUGCAGCCACAGUACUGGUAUAUUCUAGUCUAAGUAAAAUUUCCCUUCAUCAGAUUAACCUUUCCUAUUCAAUCCCAAGGAAGGUGUUACCAAAUCAUACUUGAGACUCCAGCAGGCAGGAGUUUUCUUCUCAUCUUUCCCCAGCUGAGGAGAGGAAAGCUGAGAUGCACUUUCACUCACACGCCAUUCUCCCAAGGUGCAAGUUGGGCAUUUGGGCAGAUGUCACAAUGCCUGCAGGGAUUCUUGAGCACCCAUGAAGGCUCUGUAUACUGCCGCAGAGUUAGCCUGCUGGCCUUUCUUCUCUCCUAACAGCACGUUCCUUCAUAAGUGCGGCUGAUUCUCCAUGCCAGGGAGAAGGAUCAGCCUCUGAGGGGGAUACCAAGGGAGUUAAUGCUAUUUUUAAAAAAAUCAUUAAAGGUCACCUGCAAAGAGAAAACGUUGGACUGCUGACCUAGUUGCUCCUUUAUGAUGUACAAAGGAGUGUUUGAUCUGGUAGCCUUUACUGCUAUAUUAAUGCAACUUGUUGAUGUUUAGAACUUGAUUGACACCACAAAAGUCUUCAUUUCCCUUGAGAAUCAGAAGGCAAUGGCUUUUAAUAGCACCCCCCCCCCAAUUCCCAUUUAAGCUAAUUUUAAUGCUAUAUGUAGGUCAUUUCUUGAAAACAGAUCACUGGUCUACUUUUUAGGAGUGUCUUACCUUCCUCUUCCUUUUUUAAAUAAGGUUGCAAGAUACAGUGUCAUUUAGUGGGUAGCAUGUUGGACACAAAUCAGGAAGGCCCAGGAUCUAAUACUUGGAUGAGCCUGAUGGGUCUAAGCUGUUGGUUGUGAGGUUAAAAUGAGAUGAAACACUCUGAAAUCCUUGGAAGAAGGUUGGGAUGAAAAUGAAUCGAUGGCGGUGGUUAAAAUUAAAGUAAAAUUUGUUGAUAAUCAAAAUAUCCUAUCUAAGAUUGGGAGCACUGCACACACCCACACAGUGAUUUCACUAGUAACUAAGUAUAGUGUGAGCCUGAAUCCAGCCUUGUGUGGGUUCCAUGACUCGGUCUUUCAGUGUCAUCAUUUGAUGAAUGCCUGAGCCCUGGCUCUUUAUUUUAGAAACUGGGCUGCGGUGGGCAGGAGGAGAAAGAGAGAGAGAGAGUACAAAAAAAUGUUGUUAUCACAGGGUAGAGUAUUGUAAAGUAUGCCACACUUUUUAAAGCUUUUUUGAACUUCCCUUCCAUGCCUCUGACAAUUUUCUAUGUUUGAAGCAAUAUCCCACCCCCAAUCCCUCCUUUGCCCUGUAGCUGAAAGUGGGUGUACACAUUUCUCAGCUAAGCAAGUCAACAAACAUUUCUACCCCAUCCCUCUGCCUGAUGAUUUACAUACUUUAUGGAUAGUCCCCUAGAAACGGUUCCAAUUUGAGAGCUGGUUGCUCCUCACCAUCACAUUCGUUUGGUGUUCUUUUCAGGUUUGUCUGAAAGCCUCCAUUGCUAGCAGGGACUAUGUGACAGCAGCUGCUAUUGUGUUCCUGAUUGACCGGUUCUUAUAUUGGGUUGAUGGCUCCAGCCAGCUCCUUCGGAUUGCCAAAAGGCUGCACGAGCUCCAACCUACAACACCAAUUGCCCCUCAGCUGGUGAUUCGCCAAGCUCGCGUCUCUGUAAAUUCAGGUAAUGAAACACUCAUUGCGCUCCCUCCCCCUCCAACCACCAUCUCCGUUUCUCGGCCGAGUCCCAAUUAGGAGCUGCUUGACUUUCAAGAGGCUACUUUGUCCCAUUCUGGAGAUGACAUUCCUAUGAUCCUGAGCCAUCAUUUUAAACUGACACCCUGCUCCUGCCUGCCAUCUACUCUCCAUCUACCCCAUCCCACCCACCCCCCACCCCCACUCCAUCUCCCUCCCACCUCUUCUGGCCUGCACAAAGUGUCUGGCAUAAAGGGGUCUCUGAGAGAAAGAAGCAGCAGAGAAAAUUGUGAAAGGGUGUGGAAAAUACUAAUUGGAGCUUUUGUCUCCUAACAAAUCUGCCCUGCUGUUUCAAACGGGGGUCUGUGAAUUGCUGUACUUCUGAGCAAAAGCCUUCAAAAAGAUGAUUAAAGAUCUGGUAUUUUCUGUUUGUGUGUGUGUGUGUGUGUGUACACACAUAUACAUGCACUAUGGCCACUUGGUGCAAAUAAUGCAGUUAACCUACUCAUGUAAAAUUGAGGGUUGUUGUUUUUUCUUCGUUCCUCUUUUGGUAGUACAGAAAGAUCAUGAAUGGCAUUGGCCUGUUUUAAAAUACAUAUUCCUAGUUUUUUUAGGAAGGAAAAGGCAAAGCUAAGCUGAUGAUGAAUACAGUUUUAGAAGGAAAUAGCUUACAUAAAAUGAAAUGAUCAUCUGAUUUCAAACACUACAUCUCAGGAAUAGUAUGUGCGUCAAAUAUAAUUGCCCUUAUUUGUGAGCUCUGCUAUCUGAUGCCACUUCCCCCAACACUGGGCUCCCAUACGUUUUCUUUACUACAACCCCACUCAACCUUAGCCAGCAUGGCCAAUGAUGAGAGAUGUUGGGGGUUGUAGUCCAAAAACAUCUGGGAGAAAGGCUGAGUCUGAUUCCAAGUCUUGCAAACACAUGUCUUAAAGAAGUAAACAGGAGAUUGGCACGCUGUUUACUCCUAAAGUCCAGGGUGAAUCAGGGUGACAUAGUUGGACCACAAUGUGGGUGAGUCUAGGCAGAUAUAAAUAUCUAAACAACCUCGGUGAGCUCUCAUCUUGGGGUAGCUUUGAGCAUCUGUAGGCCUGUUCACUUUACACUAAAUACAGGUACAAGCUACCACUACACAUGUACAAGUGUUUUUGUGAAAGAGUUUACACAUGUUGAUUCAUACAGCUCAGCUAUUGUGCACACAGAAACACAGACACUACACUUGUCGAACGUGACGUGAAUAAUGAUAAGAGUAUAGAUAGUGUGCAUCAACUGUUGUUUACAGAGAUUGUGCACUUGUUGAAUGUAACAUGUGAAUGGCCCUUAUAUAAUUCAUCUUCAAGCAGUGGGUCAGGGUCUACACUGGGUCACAAUUGGAUGGAAUCCCCUGCUAAAACAGAGGAAAAAGCCAUCGUUUUAGCAGCAUCCUUGUCUCAUUAUGAUGUCAAGUGCCUGGCAAAUGGAUAGCCCCCACCCACCUGUCAGAUUUGUCCUGUGAGGCUGGUCCUACCUUUGUUCUAAACUAAGGGGAUAAACUGAGGAAGAGAAAUGACAUUUAAAAAAAAUAAAAAAUUGCUAAAACUCCAGAUUUACCAGAUUUACCCUUUCCUAUCUCAACUCCGAGACUGAAAUAAUUUGCCUCAAUAUAGCUUUGUUUUUCCUCUUCUUUCUAGGUAAACUGUUAAAGGCUGAAUAUAUCCUUAGCAGUCUUAUUAAUGACAAUGGAGCAACAGGUAUCUAUAAUUUGUGGCUUCUACACUUUGAGUUAUUAUUUAUAAAUGUUCCAAAAUAAUAAUAAUUGCCACCUUGCUAGCAGAGCCACUGCCAGACUAAUGUGUUCCUGUCCCAGACAGCUUCUUUCUUUGUUUUUCUUAAUUUGUAAAAGUCUUGGAUAUAUAUUUACCUCACCUUUCUGCCUCUUCAUGUUCCCAAACACUGUAGUGUGUUCAACUGCUCUUUUCAUUCUGUUUCUCAGGUGUGUGGAAGUACUCAAAAGAAAGUGACAGGAUCCUUGUUCAGUCUGUCUGUGUACAGAUCAGAGGACAGAUUCUGCAAAAGCUGGGUAGGAUUCAUGCAGCAAUCUCACAUUCUAUGGUUUCAGCUGAUCUUUUUCAGUUCCCGUUCAGUUCUCUGAGGAUAGUGCAGGAGUCAUUUCUCAUAAUUGUGUUCUUUCUAGCUGCGAAAUAUUCCUCAUUUCCUAAAUAAAAAUCAGCUGUAUGCCUAGCAAAAUGUAUUGGCAAAACAGAAAAAUCUAAUGUGACCCAAAUUCUAUGCCUAUAAUUGCUUCAAAUUGCUUACUUUGCUUCCCAAAUUAAGACUUAACAAUUUCUCCUCCUCCUCCUCCUUCUUUGCAAGAUGUUGGGUUGCAGAGGAUAAAAAAUAAGGGCAUGGAAUGGUGAAAUUAUGUGAUGAUCAGGCUCAUAACAGCCUGCUGGAUUAAGCUACUGGUCCACCUUGUCCAGUAUCCUAUUUCCAUUAAGUUGUAAGGAAUGGAUGCUUUUGUCAAUUUCAGUUUCCAAUUUUUCAAAUCUUAAAUUCACAUUUCUGCACUUGUUUGGUUUUUUUUAUUAUUAUUAUUUUAAAAAGCCCUUUUGAAAAUUUGUAUCAUACACAAUUUUGCAAACCAUUUUUUCUAAUGUACUUUGUAUAUUAUUUUCACCAGUAAAUGCUUAUGUACACUUUCCCCAAACGUACACAUAUUGGGGUUGGAAAACGGCAACACAAAAUUUGGACAAGUGUAACUUUUGAAUGAUAGCUAUGGUUCAGUUCAUGUUUGGCAAACCUCUCCCCCACCCCUACUAAGUACAAGUGCAUUAAAUAAGUUUAUAAAAUAUUACUUCUUUUUUUAAAAAAAACUACAAUAACUGAGCGUUCAUUUUUGUGUGUAUGUCUCAGGGAUGUGGUAUGAAGCAGCAGAGCUGAUUUGGGCCUCAAUUUUAGGUUAUUUCACACUUCCCCAGCCAGAUAAAAAGGUAAUGUAUAUACUAUUUUCUUUUUUAAAAUGAGUAUUUUCUGCUAUUGACAGUAUUUGUUCUGCUCCUCUAGACAAUCUAGACAAGCAGCUUGCUCCAAACCUUUUAGCAGGAACUGAGGAACAACAGAAAGGGUAGUCCUUCACAGAGGGAUCUGCUGGUGAAAAAGAGCAGUCCUUGCUGUUUCAAACAUACCCAAGUCCUUCACAAGCAGUGGAAAAGUGGACUGUCCUUUUUUCCAUUAAGAAACUGAAUGAUGUAAAAACAGCCUGAGAUGUUGGGUGCUUCCAGACAGGGAUUCAUUAUUGCAAGGGGGUUGUUGGCAACAAGUCUGUUGUUGUUGUUUUGAAUUUACCAGAUUUUCUAUGGAAAGAGCGAAUCUGGAUUAAAUGGCUAGGGAUGUGUUGGUGCUGCAUGCAUGAGGAGUCCCAAUCCCAUUUGGAAACACCCUGUGUGUUUUAGCUUCUAGUGCUUUAUGGAAUGGAUUCUUGUGUUCUAAUCUAGAGAAGUAAUCUGCAAUGGAAACAGUGAAACGCCAAUUUGUCUCUGUGUGUGUCUCCUGCAGGGAAUUGCUACAUCGUUGGGUAUCUUGGCUGACAUCUUUGUAUCGAUGAGUGAAAACGAUUACAACCAGUUUAAAGACAACUAUCAGUUUCACCUGGUAACUAUUCCUGUAUUUGAGAUGAACUUUGUUUAGCUUGCUGAAAAUUGUGUGUGCUUUGUUCAGCAUCCCUGACUAGGGAGAUUCUGUGUGAUACCUGAAGCUCACUUUUCCACAACUGAAACAGAUUACUCUGGAGAAUAUUAUUUGUCCAUCCAUACCAGUACGGUAUACUCUGAUUGGCAUCAGCUGUCUAGGAUGUCAGGGAGAGUCUUUCCCAUCUCCUAUGUGAUCCUCUUUUUUAAAACUGGAGAUUGAAGUUUUGACCUUCUGCACUAAGCUACAGUUACUCCUCAUUGCCUCUCCCUGGCGAAAGUAAUUGCCAAGUGCUGAGCCAUUUGUUGUUUGUUCUCUCAUAAAAUUAUGGAGAGAGGAAGCACAGAAUAUGUCAUAUACUCCAGCCCUCAAACAUAAGGCCAUAAUUAGACAUUGCUAAACCUUGGCAUCAGUCUACACUGUGGUCUAAACCACUGAGCCUCUUGGACUUGCCGAUCAGAAGAUCGACAGUUUGAAUCCCCAUGACGGGGUGAGCUCCUGUUACUCUGUCCCAGCUUCUUCCAAUCUAGCAGUUCAAAAGCAUGCCAGUGCAAGUAGGCAGGAAUGUAAAUGGCGUUUCCGUGUGCUCUGGUUUCCAUCAUGGUGUUACGUUGCGCCAGAAACAGUUUAGUCAUGCUGGCCACAUGACCCGAAAAGCUGUCUGUGGACAAACACCGGCUCCCUCGGCCUGAAAGCGAGAUAAGCACUGCAACCCCAUAGUUGUCUUUGACUGGAGUGAACUAUUCAGGGGUCCUUUACCUUUUUACCUUACAUAUACAGUGGUACCUCGGGUUACAUACGCUUCAGGUUACAUAUGCUUCAGGUUACAGACUCUGCUAACCCAGAAAUAGUACCUCAGGUUAAGAACUUUGCUUCAGGAUGAGGACAGAAAUUGUGCUCUGGUGGCGCGGCAGCAGCAGGAAGUCCCAUUAGCUAAAGUGGUGUUUCAGGUUAAGAACAGUUUCAGGUUAAGAACUGACCUCAGGAACGAAUUAAUUACUUAACCCAAGGUACCACUGUACUCACCUAUCUACACAGAGAUGAACAGACAGCAAUCUGCCUAAACUUACAUUUCCUUCCUGCCGUUUCAACAGAAUCUUCUGAAAGAGUUUGACCACCGUUUACUUUCAGCUGCUGAAGCAUGCAAGUUAGCAGCGGCCUUCAGCCAGUUCACACCACUGUUUGUGCUCACAGCAGUCGUAAGUGUGAUACCCAAUAUUCUUAUUUCUUCCCUGUGCUGAAGAUUAUUCACUGCCAUCUACUACUGCAAUAUGUUGCUGUGUGCAUGUAAAAUCAGGAUGUGCAUUCCAAAUUCAGAUGCAAUGCAGAUUAAAAGUUGUGGUGCAAGUGAAAUGCCAUCUGGCUUUUAUGCUGUUAAACCUGUUCAUUUGGAGCAGUUGCUUACUACAAACCAUUUACUGUUGCCUAUCAUUCAUACCACUUUAAUGUCCCAUUGAUUUAACUGAAAACUUAUUGGAUAAUAAAGAGAGUGGAACUGGAAGGUAAAGGCUGCUAGUUGUACAAUCUAUCUUUUGGUUCUUUGGGAAGGAGGGGGGUAUCUUCAGGAAAGAAUUUGGCAAAAGAAGUGUACAUCAUACCCCACUUAUCUGAGGAUUAUGUUCCAAAGGUUUUGAGAAUAUAGCUUCUUCCUGCUCCCCAACCCACCUCAAUCCCACUGAACACCAUAGACAAAUCAGUCCCUCAGAUUAAUAGGCUUUGCAAAGUUUUAUACUGAAAAUCCCAUUAGCAAAUGCACAAUUCUAGCAUGGAUUUUUUUACUAGAUAUCUCAGAACAAACCUGCUCAGUGUUCCUUCGGUAUGUAACAAGUUUAACUCAAGCAUAAUUGAUCAAACACAGAAAAAACAAGUACUUGAAAAUCAUUUGAAAAAAGCUAUAUUCUCAAAACCUUUGUAGUGGUGUGAAUUCAAAUUUGAGGAUUCUUUAUAAGAUCUGAGCUUCAAAUUUGAUGCACAAAUCUGUAAGAUCCUGUUCAUUUCAGCUGCACUUGUUUUUACAGAAUAUCCGUGGAAUGUGCUUGCUGUCUUACAGCCAUUCAAGUGAAUGCCCUUCCGCAAAGCAGAAGUUUUAUUUGUCCGAAGCAAAGGAGUCCUUUGAAAUUGGUCUCCUUAGUAAGAAGGACAAAGAACCAGUCACCAGCAAACAGGAGCUCCACAGUUUUAUCAAGGCAGCUUUCUGCCUCACAAAAGUGCACCAGAGGCUCUACGGUGAGAGCGAGAGACUUAGUCAAGUGAAUAAGUUGUGCCAGGAAGCCUUACAGAAGCUGUAUGCUUAUAGUCAUUUACCACAUACUGAAGAGCAGGACAAAGAACAGCUUGCCAAGGAUAUCAUGUGCCUUGUCAUGUUAGUUAAAGAGCACUUAAAUGUGCAGGAUUUCUGUAACUCAGAUGCCAAGUCCUACAUUCCAGAUAGCUACAAAACUGGUGUUGAAAAGUCAAUUGUGAACGGUGAAUUGAGCUUCGAGAAAGUCCUUGAAAUAUAUUCCCAGCAUCAUGCAGCGGUCUGUGAAGUUUAUGGAAGUGUUUGCCACAGCUACAAGAUGAAAUCAGGAAGCCAAACAGGAGCCUGUAUAACAGCUUUGAAAACGGAAACCAAAAAUAUGGACACCAUGUGUACCACUGAAGAAAGAUCACAUCAUGGGAAAGACUCUGCAAAGAUCUCGCUUUCACAAAAAGGAAGGAAAAAUCGUGAGGGUUUUAAGGAGCAGAUGCGACAGAAAUUAUUCCAUGCCACUGCCCUUGAUGAAGAGGUAGAGUGCAUUCCUUCAGAAAGAAGUCAAAGACACACUGGUGGUAUUUCAAGUAAUUCUUAUAACAGGAGUGAAAGUUCCAGUUCAUUGAGAUCUUGGAGCAAAUUCUCCAAAUCGAGUUCCUUUACUAGUUGGGAGGAGAUUGACUGCAAUGAAAAUGAACUGCCCCAAGAUAAGGUACAGAACCAAAAGGCUACUGGAGGUAAGGAACAAGAAUGUUCUGCAGCUUUGACUGAAGAUGCUGAAGAGAACUGCCAAAAGCCAGAUCCAUGUGUACUGUUUUCCAAAACUCAUCAGCUCUCUCUUCAAGAGCCUCAGAACGACUGUUGUGGCUCCUUAACGCAUCCCUAUCAGAAUAAUAUAGGCAGGACUCACAGAGUAACAGAAUCAUACCCAAAUCUCAGAGAGGAGCAUGUAGAAGGAGCAGAGAAUGCUUUGAAGCAGUCACUCAGAGAAACCAGUAGCACCAACCCCCAAAAUAGUAAUGAUCUUUUGAGUCCCACUUCUGAACAAGAUCCCAUUAUCCCAUCUUCAUUAAUGGAUUCCAGGAGCAAGGACUCCAGUGCCAUUUCUAACCAUAAUCUGUGCAGCAUUGGGAAAGGAAGCACAGAAAAUAUAAUAGAAUCAAUAUCUAGACAUGGUUGGCCAUUUGUUGACCCAGAAGGAGAAACUGUGGACACUACUGAAGAGGCACAGAUGAAUUCACACCUGCCUGAUGCCAGGAGGACACCUGCCUCCAUCAAUAGUAGCAUGCCCAAACCGGAACGUGACCACUUUGUUCAAAAUUGGAUUAAUAAAUCGAACUCUGCAGUGCCUCCAGAAAGCUCCACUGGAGUAUCUGAAAUUGACCCGCAAGCAGAGACAACAGAAGACUGUGAAUUUGCUAGUGAGUGUGGGAAAAAGUCAGCAGGUCGUCUUAGUGAUGUCUACAUAGCAAGAGAUCAACCACAUCACAGCUCUGGGACCACAAAUUCUCCUUUGGGGGCAAAGAACCAGCCAUUAGUCAACCAGUCCAGUGACUGUGCUACAACGGAAGAAGAUGAUGGUGAAAAGCUAAGGAACAUGUUGAGCAGCAGUCACAGUUCAAGCUCCUCUCUGAAAUCAUGGUACAAAGCAGCCCACUUUUCCAGCAGUUUUUCUGAAUCGGGGAGUCCUUCAUUUUUGAACUCUAGCAGCAGCUCUUUUGUCUUUUUGGAGAGGGCCAAAGAAGAAACCCUACAGGCUCGCGUUCUCAGUGACGAUGACUAUGGCAGGCUUUUGUCAGGUGUAGACCAUGCUUGGCUAAUGGAAAGAAUGAAGAAUACAGGGCUCUUCAAGCCAAACCUCUUCGGUAAAGCACACUGUAAGUAGAGGUUUCCAAAACGCACCCUUAUAAUUAUUUAAUCCCAAGCAUUUUGUGCUGCUUUCAGGGAGGGAAAGAUUUUUGUUCUACAGUGGUACCUCGGGUUACAUACGCUUCAGGUUACAGACUCCGCUAACCCAGAAAUAGUACCUCAGGUUAAGAACUUUGCUUCAGGAUGAGAACAGAAAUCAUGCUCCAGCAGUGCGGCAGCAGCAGGAGGCCCCAUUAGCUAAAGUGGUGCUUCAGGUUAAGAACAGUUUCAGGUUAAGAACAGACCUCCGGAACAAAUUAAGUACUUAACCCAAGGUACCACUGUAGUUUACAAGCCCCAAGCACUCAGGUGUCUUGAUUCAUGCGUGAGCUGCACAACAGCACACUUGCCUCCCCCAGGGGUAAUCUGUACAGGUGCCCCCCACCUCACGUCACAACAGAAAGACAGGAUUCAAAUCAUUUGCACAUACCCUGGUGAAAGUCCCUUUUAGCCUUGCUAUGUUAAUAUGCUAAGAUGCCGAUGGACUCCAGCUCCCUUCAGCCCCAACCAGCAUGGAAAUAGUCAGGGAGUUUGAGUAUCUCGAGGGCUGCAGUUAUCCACCCCUGUGUUAGCCUGACUGACACUGCCUGUGCGAAGUACUCAAGACCAAGAAAGAAAAUUAUUUGUUUCUGAUCAGCCUUUGGCAAGCUUUAUGCCAAGGACAGAUCCUGGUAUUGUGUACCUUACCUGUAUAUGGUGUGAAGUGAUUGUCAGUGAGUUAAUGACUGAGAUGGGAUUUGAAUGCUGGCCUCCAAAUUCUCAAAGCAACGAGAUUCCUGCAUUGCAGGGGGUUGGACUAGAUGACCCAUGGGUCCCUUUUCCAACUCUGUGAUUCUGUUAUUCUGUUCUAUCUGCUAUGCUAUAUGUGGGGGAAAGUCUUUUUAUUUUAUACCGAUUAAGAACAUAAGGAGAGAGUGAAAUAUACUCAGAGUCGCAAAGUGAUUUCAUGCUCUUUAUUCAGCUCAUAGUAGUGAGGAGGAAUGAAUGAGUCCCCUCAAAGUAUCUGCUUUAUAUACAUUAUUUACACAAUGGGCUUCACAUGAUUGACUAAUUCUGGAAUUCUACUGUAAGCCAAUCAGGUUGUGGAUUCACUUAUAUCUGGAGCAUGAUUGGGUGGUUCCUGCCAACCAAUCAUACUGCUGCAUUGUUCUAGGACCAAUCAGACUGCUGCAUUCUGAAUCCUAUUGUUCUAGGACCAAUCAGACUGCUGCAAUUUGGAUCCUAUUGUUCUAGGACCAAUCAGACUGCUGCAGUUUGGAUCCUAUUCAACUCAUUACAUAACAGAGAGUCUGGUGGGUCAGGCCAAUAGCCCAUCUCGUCCAGCAUCCUGUUCUCACAGUGGCCAACCAGAUGACUGUGGGGAAAUUCAUAAGUAGGAUCCAAGCACAAAUGCAUUCUCCCCUUCUGUGGCUUCCAGCAACUGGUCUUCAAAACCAUUACUGCCCCCGACUGUGGAAUGGCUAGCAGCCAUUCAGAGCCUUCUCCUCCAUGAAUUUUCCCAAUCCUCUUUUUAAGCCAUCCAAGUUGGUGGCCAUGUACUGUGUGAAAUAGUACUUUCUUUUACCUCUCCUGAAUCUUCCAACAUUCAGCUUUGGUAGGCAUCCACAAGUUCUAGUAUUACGACGGAGAAAGGCUUCUCUCUAUCCACUUUGUCCGUGCCAAGUACAGUGGUACCUCAGGUUACAUACGCUUCAGGUUACAUACGCUUCAGGUUACAGACUCCGCUAACCCAGAAAUAGUACCUCGGGUUAAGAACUUUGCUUCAGGAUGAGAACAGAAAUCGUGCAAAGGCGGCGCAGCCAUUAGCUAAAGUGGUGCUUCAGGUUAAGAACAAUUUCAGGUUAAGAACAGACCCCCAGAACGAAUUAAGUUCUUAACCCGAGGUACCAGUGUAUAACUUUAUAAACUUCUAAUCAUGUCGCCUUUAAAAGUCUUUUCUCUAAACUAAAAAGUCCAAAACUGCAAUGUUUCCUCACAGAGGAGUCACUCCAUUUCCUUGAUCAUUUUGGAUCAUUUGGAUGCUUUUGUUGUAAUUUCACAUUCCCUGCUAGCAAUUUUAAAAAAAUGCAUUCCUUUUUGUGCUAACGGUCGGUUCUGUUACUCCGUGACAUAUUUGUGAGGAAUGCCUUCCCACUUUGCAGCCCUUCCAAAAGCAAUUCAUCCUGCCUUGCCUUUCCCACCUUCUGUUUAUAGAUGAAGCUGACUGUAAUAGUACACACUGCAGCAAUGAAUGCAACUUCCUAUGGGUGUGAGCGAAAUGUCAUUUCUCUGUGACUCAGUCUGGGAAAAGGACAUUGAUCCUAGCAAGAGAACAGUUUUAACUCUGCUGUUUCAUUCCUGGCUACUGGUACGGAACAACCCUUUGCUGAAGAAGUUGUCAGUUCAUUUGUCUUCUUUUCCAGCCGCCCUCCUUUUGAAAUUCUCCAAGAAAUCUGGGCUGUGGACUGCACAGGAAACUGCUGUAUAUAUUGGGGACUACCUGAGCGUAGCAAAGAAAGGCAGACAAAGGAAUGCUUUUUGGAUACACUUUCUGCACCAAGAAGAAACUCUGGGAAGGUAUCACUCAAACCAGCGUGACAAUUUGAUCAGUCCAGGCAGUUAUAUGCUUGUUUGUAGGCUUAGAUCCCACAUGAUAAAUAAAAAGUCUACGUAGUGAAUAUAAUGCAUCCACAAAACAGCAGGAAAAUACCUAGCCAGAUUCUGCACAGGGAUGGGAAAUAACGGAUGAAUUGAGCUGUGCAUCAGAAAAGGCUUGUGUUAAUACAGUCAUACCUCAGGUUACAGCUGCUUCAGGUUGCGUUUUUUCAGGUUAAGGACCGCCAAAACCUGAAAGUACCGGAACGGGUUACUUCGGGUUUCGGCAGUUACACAUGCGCAAAAGCACCAAAUCGCAACCUGUGCGUGUGCAGAUGUGCAGACGUGGGUUGCGAACGCUGCGGGCUGCAAACGUGCAUCCCACACGGCUCAUGUUUGCAACCCAAGCAUCCACUGUAUAAGAAACUUAAGCAGGCCUUUGAAACAAAGUAUGGAUGGUGUUUGCUUGGUAGUAACAGGCAAAGCUUUCCACAGCCCAUAACUGUAGAGUUGGAAGGGACCCAGGGGGCCUCUAGUCCACCCCCUGCAAUGCAGGAAUUUAAACUAAAGCAUCCAUGACAGAUGGCCAUCCAAUCUCUGCUUAAGAACCUCCAAGGAAGGAGAGUCCCUCAUCUUCUGGAGGAGUCCAUUCUGCUGUGAAACUGCUCUUACCACUUUUUUCAGUUGCAGUCCUAACUACGGGUAGUAAACUGCAUUGAACUUAGUGGAACCGACCAUGGAAUAACCAUUGUUAGGAGUGGUCACCUUAUCUCAUUAUGUUCAGUGGAAGACAUUUAAAUACAGUGGUACCUCUGGUUGUGAACGGGAUCCGUUCUGGAGGCCCGUUCGCAACAUGAAAAGAGUGCAACCUGAAGCGUUGUAUCUGUGCAGGUGCGCGGCAUGAUUUGCCGCUUGUGCGCAUGCACGAGCGGUGAAACCCGGAAGUAACCCUUUCCGGUGCUUCGGGGUCACCGCGGGACGUAACCUGAAAGAACGUAACAUGAAGCAAACGUAACAUGAGGUAUGACUGUACAUGUGUCCUACCGCUAGGACCUGUGAGACCAAGGUUCAGAUCCCCACUGGCGCCAGUCACUGUCUCUCAGCCUCACCUGCUUGACAGGAUGGUUGUGAGAAUAAAAUGGAGAAUGGGAGGCUGAUGCACAUAACCUGUGCUCCUUGGAGCGAAGGCAGGAUACAGUAUGAUGUUGCUGCUGCCGCUUCUAUUCUUGUCAGUGUGUGUUACAUUUUUCAUAGAUAUGUUGGCAAAGAGUACAAAGACGAAAAGGAGCUUCUUCACCAUUUCAGUGAUGUGGAAAGACAAAUGACUGCCCAGUACUAUGUGACAGAAUUCAACAAGAGGCUGUAUGAGCAAAAAAUCCCAACACAAAUCUUCUACAUCCCAUCGGCGGUCCUCUUGGUAAGGAGCAAGCAGAAGGUUGCAAAGGAUUCAGCUAGUGAAAGGAGCAGGCAGAAGCAGUGGGCUGAAAUGCUGCUCACAUCACAAUCCCCUUUUUGUUCCCCAGGUACUAGAAGGCAAGUCUAUACAAGGCUGUGUGAGUGUGGAGCCUUAUAUUCUAGGAGAGUUUGUGAAGUUAUCCAACAACACCAAAGUGGUAAAGCUGGAAUACAAAGCCACGGAAUAUGGACUCGCUUACGGCCAUUUCUGCUAUGAGUUUUCCCAAGGCAGAGAUGUGGUGGUUGAUUUACAAGGUUUGUACUGCCAGAUGUCAAAUGAUGGAAUACAGUAUUUUAUUGGAUUGUCUUGAGCUGUUCCCACCACCCUGCUUUCAAAAAUAACUCUUAUAAAAAAUUCUUUAGGAUAUGAAUAUUCAGAGCUGAAGUUUUUAAAAGAAAGAAAAUGUUAAAUGUCACUGGGGGGAAAAAGAGCAAAUUACUUCAGCGGCUCACUAUAUUGGCUUAAAACCUAAUCAGCUUUCUCAGGUAUCAUAGACAUAGUCACCUCAUUCUGUCUAGGGACUAUAGAUAUAGGUGCUGCUUUAAAUGUGGAUCUUUUUGCAUUUGAUUUUCUUUCAUAACAUUUUCUUUUGAUAUUUUGUGAUCUUUUAAAUGCUUUAAAGUUGUAAACCACUUAGAGAUUUCUUUGGAAAUGUAAAAGUGGUAUAGAAAUUGUUCAAAUAAAUUAUGCAAGCAUAAACAGGUACUUUAUAUUUUUUUAAAACCACUAGAUUCCCCCCCCCCAAAAAAAGCAAAACAGAGACCAAGAUGCACAUGUACAAACCCAUGAAACAAGUAAUUUCUGUAGUCAGCAGAUUUGCAGAAAAUGAAAUGGAAUGCAUAUAGGGUGUAUUUUUAGAAUCAGUAUUAUAACUUAGGGUGCUAAGGGAAGGGGUAGUACCUCUGGUGGGGGACAUGUCGUGCUCCUUCUGGGGUAGUUUGUCCACAUUUGGUCCCUACCCUGCACUCACCUGUGGCUCCUAAAAGCUGUCAGCAUGCAACAGCAGCCACCAUAGGUGUCAACUCCUUGGGGCCCUGGGUGCUAGAGCACCCACAAAAUUUCCUAUGAAGGGGCCGGGCACCCACAAAUUUUGGUGCCAGGGCCAUGCAUGCUGCAUGGCAUCCAUGGCCACAGGCACCCAUGGUUGCGGGGCCAAGUUGGCAUUCCUUGUGGCCACACCCUGAGAAACGGCUUUGACCAGGUGAGGGUUGCCUAUGGGUCUCAGACCCUCAGUGAGUUCGGAAUCUCCCCUGCAUGCGAAGACAGGCUCUGGCAGACUGAGUGGAUGAGACCAAUAGUCCAAUGGUCAAGAAGGCAGUUUCUGCACAUGGUGUAGAGGGAAGUGAGGGGCAGGUGGGGCUUUUCAACAUGGGAAGGUAGCCCAUCUAGGAGAAGGAAACUCUGAUCCUAAACCUCUGCUGCCUUGUGGGGUAUCUUCGGGAGAAGGAAAGGCUAAGGAGUAAACCCUAAGGAGUCCCUAAGGCGGUGGGAUGGCGCCUUGUAUGCCAUCCUUCCAUAAACUCCUGCAGCCAAGCUGUUGCCCAAUGUAUGGCUCUGCUUUCCUUUGGACCACACUAGAGAGGCUGAGAGAUGGGUCUUGUUAUCUGGGCAGCCCAGGACCUCCAUACACAUUGCCCAGGCUUGUGCCCUGGUGAGUUCAACAACAGUAUUGUAACUGUAACAUUUUUCUUUUCGACAGGUUGGGUGACUGGUAAUGGGAAAGGCCUCAUUUACCUGACUGAUCCCCAGAUCCAUUCUCUCUCUCGGAAAGAGGCAUCAUGCCUGACAAACUUUGGGAAGAAAGGGAUUUGCUAUUUCUUCAACAAUCAGCACACAGAAUGCAAUGAAAUCUGCAGGCGCCUUUCAUUGAUUAGACCUUCAGUGGAGAAACAAAACUGA